AUGUCCUGCCAGCAGAACCAGAAGCAGUGCCCGCCCCCGCCCCAGUGCCCCCAGCAGUGCCAGCCGCCGCCCAAGUGCCCCCCGAAGUGUCCCCCGAAAUGCCCUCCCAAGUGCCCUCCUAAGUGCCCGGCUCCGUGCCCUGCUCCGGCCUCGUGCUGUGGCUCCAGCUCUGGGGGCUGCUGCGGCUCUAGCUCUGGGGGCUGCUGCGGUUCCAGCUCGGGAGGCUGCUGCGGUUCUAGCUCGGGGGGCUGCUGCGGUUCCAGCUCCGGGGGCGGCGGCUGCUGCCUGUCUCACCACCAUCACCGCCGGCCCCGUCUCUUCCACCGCCGCCGGCACCAGAGCCCCGAGUGCUGCGACGACAAUUCCGGCUGCUGCUGAGUUUAUCUCUGGGCUCACACCACCAAUGCGCCCACUCCCAUCCUAGCCUGCCUCCCUCCCCCUAUCCUAGGGGAAGGACUGGAAGCCCCCACCACGUCCAGCCUGGAGUCUACCGGCCUCUCUCCACCUCCUUCUUUCUCCUUCCACCUCUCGUCCCCGGGGCCUCUGCGCCUUCUCUCCUGGAUCUGUGCUUUCUCCCGGAACCCUAUUUCCCGUGUCCCC